GCUCGAAGGACCGUUGGAUAGAUAUGACACAUGAAAUGAGCAACGGGGCAGUAAUAGGGGGACGAUAUGAACAUAAUGUAACGUUCCGAGGGGAGAGGGGAAGAAAUCCAAGCCGAUAUUGGUACGAGGACGGGGAGGUUUAUGUUGCUGAACACACCGGGACGCAUUUUGCCGCACCUUGUCACUUUGCCAGAGGCAAAUGGAGAAUGGAGGACAUUCCCCCAGAGAGAUUAAUCCAACAGGCUUUUGUGGUCGACGUGUCAGCCUCUGUUGCGAGAGAUCAAUCAUACGAGAUCCUACCUAAAGACCUAAUCGAGUGGGACAAAAAGAAUAGACGGACAAUCCCUCCUCUCUCUAUCUUGCUCUUUCACACCGGAAUGGGACAACACUAUUUCGACAAGACCAGAUAUAUGGGCACAAAUAAUGUCUCAAAUCGCGCUGCGGUGAAGUAUCCUGGAAUACACGUUGAUACCGCAAAUUGGAUCGUCCAAAAUAUGAACAUAUCUGGAGUCGGCAUCGACUCUUACAGUGUGGAAGGCGUGAGAACCUGGAGAGAUGAAACAUACUUGACUCAAAGAGCCUUAGCCGCAGAUAAUAUUUACUAUAUAGAAAAUAUGGUUAAUCUUGAUAAAAUCCAUCACUAUAGGUCAACACUGUUUGUUGGACCGAUGAAGAUAAAGGGCGGGAGUGGUUCACCAGUGAGAGUGUUGGCGUUUGGACGGCCACCUAAGAGUGACGCGUCAGCCUCAAAUCUCUCCAUUUUAACAACAGUCUGCGUGCUUUCCUUCAACGCAUUAUAUCAGUUGUUUAUGAGAUUGGCAUAA